GGGGUGUGUGUGCGUUCCAGUUCUGCUACCCCAAAGUGUUCUACUGUGCAGGUUUGCCGAGUCGAGUGCUGUUCAAGAGGUGUUUGAGUUCAGGACGUUGGUCUUUGCUUCACUUGCGAAAGACGUUUUGGGAAGACAGUUUGACCUCCGGGAUAUCCGCGUCUUUUUGUCAGCCGUCUCCAGUGUUCCGAUCUGCUGAGAUGGAUUCCGACACCGGCUCCACCUGCAGUCGCUCCUCGUCGCCAGACCUCGUCGUCGUCGACUCCGGCUUCUUCUCCAGCAAGAUGUUCCAGCAAGCCGAGAAAGCCUCCGACGGAUCUCCGGCUUCUGGAGAGAAAAGCCGGAACCGUCCGGAGGUCUCCAAAGAAGACCUUCAGGAGCUGCGUCUCAAGGUGAACAGCCGCGAGCGGAAACGCAUGCACGACCUCAACCAAGCCAUGGACGGCCUCCGCGAAGUCAUGCCGUACGCCCAAGGCCCCUCGGUGCGCAAGCUCUCCAAGAUCUCCACCCUCCUGCUGGCACGCAACUACAUCCUCAUGCUCUCCAGCUCCUUGGAGGAGAUGAAGAAGCUCGUGGGCGAGGUUUACGGGUCCAGCGUGGCUCAAAACCAUGCCCCGAGACCCGUCUUAGCUCCAUCUCAGCUUCCCCUGCACCCUCUGGCCCAGUCCUUGCACUCUUUGGCAGGCGGAGCUGCGGCCGUCAGCUCCACCCCCCUUCAGCACACCAGCACGCACAUGGCUACAGCUCAAGCUCCCCAUUCUCCUCCAUCAGCGGGAUAUCUGGGCUUCCACGCGCCACCAAUUCCAAGCUUACUGAAGGACCCGCUGCAUUUGGCCAGCUCAUACAGGCACUUCCCCGGCAUGCCGUGUCCGUGCGCCCUGUGCCAACCUUUACCAGCGUCCACAGCCAGCCUGCCCGGCCUUUCCAUGAGCAAGUGAACCAGAAAACGUCGGCAAAAAGUUCCUCGAUCUCACCGUGGACUCAAAGCUCGGCGCAAACAUCCUCCGAGUGUUUAUAA